CAUCAGCUGUUUUAAGUCUAGAAGAAAAAGCAGAACAGACAACUGAAACCGGAUCAGCCGUUCAGGCUUGUUAGCUGAAGCUGAAAACCUCAGUUGAUAUCGAAAGUACGUGUAGUACAAGUUGAGACUUCAAGUUGAACUGAGCCAGGAAGUGAAGUUAAAGCUAUUAAAUAAAAAUGUGUGGUGGGGUGGCAGGUGCUCAAGAACCUUCGCAACGAUUUUUGAAGGAAUUUUUGAAAGGAAGCAAAAGGAAACGCAUAAACUCUCUGGAAGGGUUGGAUGGAAAAGCUGAAAACCAACAGGAAAUUCAGGAUCUAGGAGCUUUACAACAGGACAACAGGAAGGAGAAGUCCAGAGAUGCCGCUAGGAAUAGGAGAGCCAAGGAGAGUGAUUACUUUCAGGAACUGGAGAACCUACUCCCUGUAACAGGAACUCCACCUAACUCCCAGAUGACCAGCAUUGAUAAAACAUCAUUGAUUAGGCUCAGUGUUGCGUAUCUACAGAGCAGAAGUCUAGUUGCUAACGGGGGUAUUCAUAUACCCGAUAUCAAGGAGGAGCUGCAGGGAUGCGAAGUUGACAUCCUUAGAUCCCUGAACGGGUUCGGAUUGGUUCUCUCCGACACCCAAGAGGUGGUGUACGUCAGCAACAACGUCUCAGAUUACAUUGGACUCACUUCGUUUGAACUCUUGGGCCAGUCUCUGUCUGAUUUCAUUCAUCCUUGUGAUCAUCCUUCCCUCAAGGACCUCAUUACAAACAUCCAGGAAAACCAGGACAAGCAUGUAAUGGCCUAUGUAAGGAUAAAGUGCACCAUUACUGAGCGAGGACGUAUGAUAAACCUAAAGCAGGCCAACUAUAAGGUGUUGAGGAUAGAAGGACGGGUCCGACGUUUGCCCUCUACUGGAGCUGGAGGAUUAACAGGGCGUAUCCUGAUGGGGAUUGCAACCUUGAUUAACACUGAGAUGAUCCUGGAGUGCGGGAAGGGAUCCUUCAUUACCAAGCACAAGGAGGACAUGAAGAUGGUCGAGGAGGAUGGAUGGCUAUCUGAGGAUGGUGGUUACUCCUCUACUAAACUAUCCGGGAGAUCAUUCUUCGAUCUAGUUCAUGCUCAGGAUAUUCAGAAUAUAUUGCAGCCAUUCAAAAACCUUCGUGAGCAUGGACAGUGUGAGACCGGACCCUACCGCCUACUGUUGGGCGGAGGCGGAUACGCCUGGGUACAGACCAGGGCGGUUCAUAAUACGCCGCGGCGGGGGAGCAGCAAAACAACAAGCAUAACCUGCCAGCACUCACUUAUUACGGAAAGUUUGGAGUCGGAGACCAUCUUAGCUCUGGUUCAGACAGAGGCUGCCGGAGACAAGGUUAAACCCAGGGUAGUUGUAACACUGGAUAUGGGGGUUGAUGAAACCUUCAACCUGGAGAACCCGGAGAACAUGAACGAGAUCCUGGAGAUGCUGGAACAGGACGCAGAGGAGCUUAAGAUGAUGGACGAGGAGAAGAAGGUGAAAGAGGAGCUGGAGAAGAUGGAGGAGGUGGAGAAAGUUGAGCUAGUAGAGCAGGAAGAGGAAAUGGAUCAAAUGGAGGAACUAAAUGUUGUGUUUGAGUUGUCUCCAAUGGAGUAUCAGGAUCUACUUGCUGACCAUGUAGCCCCAGACAUGUCCUCUGUAAGCAUUAACACAAGCCCACCCAGAACCUCAGUAAUCAUGAGCCGUGAAGGAGCUAAACUUACUCCGGUUACAGCUCAGAUCUUUGUAUCCUCUCCUGAUAGUACCUGGAGUUCUGGCAGCCCUGGAAGCCCUCAACUGACUUGUGAGGACAUUUGUUCCUCUCCUGAACCCCAGGUACUUGGUACUGGACGGAGAUUGAGCUCUGACCUGGAGAAUCUGUCUCCGUUCAUCGGAGACGAAUGUGUUCCUCUGAACAAGACCGAAACCUUGUUCCAACCGUUAAACUUGGAUUCCUUUGAUGAUCUGGAAUUUACCGACAAUAUAUUCGAUCUCACCGUUAAUACAGACGGUAUAUUUUACAAGGUUGACAAUGACGAGGACAGUAUACUAAUGGAACCCCAGAGUAAGAUCAUGUGGAGUGGAUUGAGUGUAUCUCAGGAUUCCGGAAUCUCUGUAUCUCCUGGGUUUGAUCCUGUUUCUCCUGAUCUACUGUUCUCUCCCGUUCAGCAGGAAAACUGCGUCGAGUUUUUGGAACCACUAAGCUUCCUUCAAGGAAACCAGGUUUCUCCCCGUCCUCCCUCCGACCCAACCAACCCAGGGGUAGAUUUCAUUCUACCGGAGCAGGUUUCAUCCAUCCUAGCUUCUCCAGUACCGUCGCAGAACACAGCUCCGCUCAGACCCAACCCGUCCCAACAGUCCUUCGGAGGAAGGUGGGUAAAAAUACCAAAAAAAAAUAAUUGUUAAAUGUAAAAUUAUAAU